UAAACUUCCUUUUUCAUGUUUUUGAUCUUACCAGGUUGGCAGCCUCGGUGGUUUGUCUUAGACAAUGGGAUAUUGUCAUACUAUGAUUCACAGGAUGACGUUUGCAAAGGCAGCAAAGGAAGUAUAAAGAUGGCUGUGUGUGAAAUAAAAGUCCAUGCAACAGACAACACCAGAAUGGAGUUAAUCAUCCCAGGAGAACAGCAUUUCUAUAUGAAAGCAGUUAAUGCAGCUGAAAGGCAGAGGUGGCUGGUAGCACUGGGAAGUGCAAAGGCCUGUUUAGCAGAUACUAGAACAAAAAAGGAGAAAGAAAUAAGUGAGACCAAUGAAUCUCUUAAAACCAAAAUGUCUGAACUUCGUCUCUACUGUGAUCUUCUAAUGCAGCAAGUUCAUACAAUACAAGAAUUUGUUCACCACGAUGAGACUUGCUCUCCUCCUAGCAUUGAGAACAUGAAUGAAGCCUCUUCCUUGCUUAGUGCCACGUGUAAUACUUUUAUCACAACACUUGAAGAAUGCGUGAAGAUUGCUAAUGCCAAGUUUAAGCCAGAAAUGUUCCAGCUGCCUCACCCUGAUCCCUUAGUUUCUCCUGUGUCACCAUCACCUGUCCAAAUGAUGAAGCGUUCCAUUAGCCAUCCUGGUCCUUGUUAUUCAGAAAGGGAUAAUCACUCUGUGAAAGAACCAAUUUCAUCCCUCCAUCGGUUAUCACAGCAACGCAGAAGAACACACUCAGAUACAGAAUCUUACAGUGACACUCCCCUGGAAGAUUCUCAGAGAUCUGCUCACUGUCCUGGAAAUGCUGUAAAUGGAGAUCUGGUGUCAUCAACCAUUCCGGAAGAAAAUAGAUCGAUAUCAAAUGAAAGAUCUGACCUUGAAGGGAGUCUCUCAUCCUUUUCUUCCUGAAGAAGCUGAAACUGUUUAAAUUUUCUAUAAAAAAUGCUAUGCAAAGGCUGCUGUAAUUAUAUUGUUAUUAUAGGAAGUAGUAAUUUCCCUUUUUAGAAGGAUUUCUCUGCACUUUAUAGAAUAACCUGAAAAAUAUCUUUGAAGUGUAUUUUAUCUUUAUAUAGUUUAUUUGCAAGAGUAUUUUCCUAAUAUUUCACAGUUUGAAUGUGCAUUUUUUUGGAACAAAUGAUGGUUUAAAAGAUAAACAUCUACAUUUGUAAAUGUUGUUCUUUAUAAAAAGUUUGAAGGUCUGACUGAUACAGUAGUAAACCUGCAGAUUAUAAAUUUUAGCAAAGAGGUUUUGUUUUGUGUUUUUUUUUUUCCUUUUUGGAAAAAGUGCAGCUUGUGCCUGCUGAUCAUUUGUAUAAGCAGUCUGUCUGGAGCUUUGAUGGCCCUGCAGGGGCUUUUUUUUGCCUGAGUAAGGACUGUGGGACUGGGCAUUGAUGGAUCUACUCUAGCAGCAUGAUGGUAAUUGACAUUGCCUUCUUUAAAAACACAAGGGUAUACAUAAUCUGGUCCUUCUUUUUAGACAAUGAGAGUAGAAAUAUUUUGUGUAUUUUUCUAUUAAAAAAAAGUAUUCAAAUAACUUAAUAUGAAGCAUUUGUAUCAAGCAUUGGAUAUUUAAUAAUUGUAUUUAUUUAUUCUUCUUUUGCAUCAAAAUUUUUUUACCUACUUUCACUACUAAAGAUACAAAAAUCUACUGAAGGUUUCAAAAUGGGCAUAAAUUGUUUCUGGUGUGUGUAGCAUCACAAGUAGCUAAUGCAGCGCUUCUAAUAUAUAUAUGGUCAUGUAAUACUUUGCUAAAAACACAUCUUAUAGAAGUAAGAGCUGAACUAUUAGACCAUGAAGCUGCUGUUGAUAUGGAUAGGUGUAUCUGUAUCUGGACAUAUUUUAUUUAUGACAUAUUUAUACAAAGGGAGCUUCUGUUUUGGUGAUUCCUUUAUAUUGUUUCAGGAUGGUAUACACCAGGAGGUGCAUUCUGCUCUCAUUUACAUCUGUGUAAAUCUGCAUUAACUGUGAGUGAGAUCAGAUUCUGAUACUCAGUAAUUCAUGAGUAAUAUAAUAUAGUAUAACAGUGCCUACUAGCACCUUGAUCAUAAGGUUGCUAGCAUUAGCAUUGUAAGCUUUUGGCAUGGGGGGGAGGGUUGGUGUUCAUUUAAAGAUAAGCUUGGUUUAUGAAGUCUUAGCUGUAGAGCACUUUAAGCAAGCCAAUUACCGUUUUUCAUUUACACAAUUCCUAAAUAAAUGCACGGGGUUUUUUGUACUUGAGCAAAUAAGAAAAUCUGUAUUUUAUAAUCAAAUCUUCUUUAAUUUGGUCUAA